ACAAUCGCUUCGCCUUGACGGUAAGCAUAUCAUUUGGAGGCUGAGAAAGCGAGAGAUACUCGGGAGGAAAGGAGAGAAAAAUGAGCGGAACAGGGAAGAAGAUAGUUGAUGUGGCCUUCAAAGCAUCGAGAACGAUAGAUUGGGACGGCAUGGCUAAGCUUAUCGUCACCGAAGAGGCUCGCAAAGAGUUCGCAACUCUUCGCCGUGCCUUCGAUGAGGUUAAUUCAACUCUCCAGACCAAGUUCAGCCAGGAACCUGAACCCAUAGACUGGGAAUAUUACAGGAGAGGAAUCGGUUCUCGUUUGGUGGAUAUGUACAAAGAAGCUUACGAAAGCAUAUCAGUCCCAAAGUAUGUAGACACAGUCACGCCUCAAUACAAACCUAAAUUUGAUGCAUUGUUGGUAGAAUUGAAAGAGGCAGAGGAGAAAUCCCUGAAGGAAUCUGAGCGCCUGGAGAAGGAGAUUGCUGAAGUCCAAGAGCUGAAGAAAAAAAUCAGCACCAUGACUGCAAAUGAAUACUUUGAGAAGCAUCCUGAGCUGAAGAAGAAGUUUGAUGAUGAAAUCCGCAAUGACUAUUGGGGCUAUUGACCAUCAAGUUUGAUGAUCUUUGCACAAUCAUUAUGCUAUUCAGCCAGAAUUUUUUUAAUCUCAUGAUUUUCCUGCCUGUUUCAGAAUAAGAAUAACCAAAUGGUUUUCUUUGUAAUUUGGUUGAUCAGGGUGUGAAGAAUUUGAACUUCAGGUCGAUGUUAAGAUUACGGUUCUCCAUGUGUUGUCUUGAACUUUACACAUAAAGCCAGACCAGAAUUUCACGAGAAAUUUGCUUCAUUUCAA